AUGCGUUCCGACCAAUCGAAGGCGGAACCUUUCAGCGAAUGCUCGAGCCGGCCGCUCAGGCGGGUGGCCUCCGUCCAGUCGUUAAAUUCCGUAUUCUCGCAUCUCUCUUCCUCAACAAUGACCGCUUCAGAUCUUCCUGGACCAGGUCGUAUUCUAGACAAAUAUGUCUUCACAAGAGGCGGGCGAGCGCUUGAACGAGCCAUUGCGCGGGCAGCACACUCCUUAGGUUUUGGACCUGCCGCUGCUGCGCUCCGCAUUGGUGCGAACCUACGAGGGUUUUCUUUGGACGAAGCUCCUCUGAUGUAA